AUGGCAUCUCAGCGGACGGCGAUAUUGUCCGUAUAUGACAAGACAGGUCUGCUAGAUCUUGCAAAAGGCCUCAUCAAGCACGAUGUACGGCUACUUGCAUCUGGAGGCACUGCUAAGCUGAUUAGAGAAGCUGGCUUCAAAGUCGAAGAUGUGUCGGCGAUCACACACGCCCCAGAGAUGCUCUCGGGUCGCGUGAAGACUCUACACCCUGCCGUCCACGCUGGAAUCUUGGCACGGAACCUCGAAUCGGACGAGAAAGACCUCGCUGAUCAGAACAUCAACAAGGUCGACUUUGUGGUUUGCAAUCUCUAUCCCUUCAAGGAUACGGUGGCGAAGAUCAAUGUCACUGUACCCGAGGCUGUCGAGGAGAUUGACAUUGGAGGUGUGACUCUGCUCAGAGCUGCUGCCAAGAACCACGCGAGGGUUACAAUUCUGAGCGACCCGAAUGAUUACCCAACCUUCCUUCAGCAACUCGAGAAGGGUGACAUCACAGAGCAACAAAGGCAAUCGUACUCCUUGAAGGCAUUCGAGCACACAGCAGAUUACGAUGCGGCCAUUUCUGACUUCUUUCGCAAGCAAUACGCUGGGAACGGCAAGCAGUAUAUGUCACUACGAUACGGUGCCAACCCACACCAAAAGCCUGCUGCCGCGUACACCAAGGAAAAUGACCUGCCAUACACCGUGCUUGGGGGAUCUCCUGGCUACAUUAAUCUCCUGGACUGCCUUAACGCCUGGCCCCUUGUGAAAGAGCUCAAAGAGGCUCUCGGCUUGCCCGCUGCUGCAUCAUUCAAACAUGUCUCACCAGCAGGCGCUGCUAUAGCUGUGCCUCUGGAUGACACCGAACGGAAGGUAUUCAUGGUAGACGAUAUCGCAGGCAUCGCGGAGUCGCCUCUAGCUCAGGCGUACGCUCGUGCUCGAGGAGCAGAUCGCAUGUCAAGCUUCGGUGAUGUGAUCGCUCUAUCUGACAAGGUGGAUGUGCCGACGGCCAAAAUCAUCUCUCGGAGGGAAGUAUCUGGUGCUGAAGAUGGCCGAAGACUACGUUCCGGACGCCCAGGAGACACGCUCAGUCUAUGGCGUUCAACUUACACAACGCCGGAACGAUGUCAAGAUCAGCCUAAGGAGACUUUUUCAUCGGUCGUCGUGCCAAAAGACUCCAAAGCACUCUCUGCAGAUGCUCAGCGUGAUCUCACCGUGGCGACGAUCGCUGUGAAAUACACCCAAUCCAACUCAGUCUGUUAUGCGUUCAAGGGCCAGACCAUCGGUAUCGGGGCUGGACAGCAAAGUCGCAUUCAUUGCACCCGUCUCGCAGGAGAUAAGGCCGACAACUGGUACAUGAGAUUCCAUCCAAGAGCUCUAGACAUCAAAUGGAAGAAGGGCGUCAAACGACCAGAGAAGUCCAACGCGAUCGAUAUGCUCUGUUCUGGCCAAGUGCCACCUCGAUCCGAGUUCGAGAAGGAGGACUACGAGCGAAACUUCGACGACGUGCCUGCCCCCUUUACGGAAGAUGAGCGACGGGAAUGGUUGAGUGGUCUGCAGGGCGUUGCGGUCAGCAGCGAUGCAUUCUUCCCAUUCGUCGACAAUGUUUACAGGGCAGCCCGGUCGGGCGUCAGCUAUAUUGCGGCUCCCACUGGCAGCCAGAACGAUGGUGCCGUGUUCGAGACGGCCGAGAAACUAGGGAUCACUUUCGUGGAACAAAGCACUAGGCUGUUCCAUCACUGA